UGGGACUGGCGAAUACAUAAAGAACCCGGCUCUCGCCUAACCAUGUCGGAGACACCACGCCCGCACUUGACACCGGCCGUUUACAUAUCGCCAGAGAGCAGCCGGGUAUUAUUGCUACCCGGGCCCAAGGACAAACCUGGCUUCCUGCGCCUUACAUUGGUGGCCAUUCCCUGACCUCGGCUUUCCCUAUCAGAGGAGCUGCUGCGCAUCUGCACCAUGGCUGCGCCUUUCACAAACUGUUUCGGCAGCCAGGAUCGCUCCAUUGGGCCUGACCCUUGCUCAAACCUGGACGCUGUCGACACGCUCAAGAAAAUCCAGGGGAUCAUCAACAGUUACCUCGCCAGCGCCUCGGCAGACGGGAGGAGCGCGAUCCCGACCCCUCAGCUCAGUCCCGUUCCAAAGUUCAGGGAGGAUGGCAAAGGCAAACUGAAUCCUGAGGACCUGGCUGGAGGUCUGGCUGAGGCGGUGCGGGAAGACGCAGAUCGGACGGGAAGAUGGGCGGCCAGAGACAGCAUCACGUCGGAGAAGAUGGUGGUAGCUAGCUCCCCACAGCUGAGUAUAAACGCCACCCAGACCACGGAUAGCAGACAUCACAGUCCACAGGCCCAUCUCGCCAUGUCGACGAACAGAAACAGUGGUGCGGAGGCCAGCGACAAAGGAACCGACACGGAACUCACUGGCAGCAAGAUGGAGCCGGACGGGCCAGCGGAUCAAGUUCCGAAGGGCAGCAGCAGCAGCAAUCCCGGUAGCGCCCAUGGGAGCGAGGCCAAACCGACGUCUCCCCUCAACACAGGGCUCGGCCUGGACCGUAUCCGCCGCCUGGUCGACGAAGUCAGCCUCAAGAUUUCGCAGGCCACAAGCGAGGACGCCGCUCGCGUCGUAGCAGCCACGGGCGCCGCCGAGAUAGCCGAUGCAGUGCGUCCACCCGGCGACACUAUCCUGGGCUGGUUCGCCAAUAUGUCUGUCAUCUCAGCCGUGCGCCUCUUUCUGUGCUGGGGCGCGUUCGACUUGAUUCCCGCGGGGAGCGAGGCCAGUAUCACCUAUGCUGACCUCGCACGGCGAAUCAACGCCGACGAAGGACUCGUUGUCCGGGUGGCGAGCAUGCUCACUUCAUCCCACGUGCUCGUUCAUCACCCGCCUUCCGAAACACAGCCAGUCCCAUCUCUCUCGCACACCCCCGUCUCCCUCAUGCUCCUCUCGGGCCAGCCCAUGUCCGCCAUGUUUUCCGUCAUGUACAAGCACAUCAACGCCGUCUCUACCAUCCUACCUUCCUACUUCGACACCUACGGCCGCACGGAGCCUGUCGGCCCGGCUCACAUCCCCACGAGUUACUUGGCCGGGCACCCGGAGGAGGAUUACUUCUCGCUGCUCAAAAAAGACGAAGCGGCCAUGAAGAACUUCAACCUCGCCAUGCGCAUCACCAGCAGGCGCGUGCCCGUGACGGGCAUGUACGACAUGAGCAACGUCCUGCGGGCGGCCAGCGAAGGGCGGGAGACGGUGUGGGUGGACGUCGGCGGCGGGGAUGGACACACCGUCAAGGAGUUCCUGCGCGCGUACCCCGGGUUGAAGGCCGAGCAGUGUGUGGUGCAGGACCUGGAGGAGGUUGUUGCCGCCGCCCAGCAGCAGGAUGAGGAAGAGCUGCGGGGCGUGCGGUGGGUGGCGCUGGACUUUCUGAAGGAGGCGCCCGUCCAGGGCGCACUGGUCUACUACCUCCGCCACAUCCUGCGCGACUACUCGGACCCGGUGGCGGUGCGCAUCCUCGCCAACGUCGCGCGCGCGCUCACCGACCCGGCCGCCCGCGUGCUCGUCUCGGAGCAGCUCAACCCGGACUGGGCCCGCGCGCCGCGCCCGCCGCCGCUGUACGCCGCCUUCAAGGACUUCUCGAUGCUCUCCAUCGGCGGCAAGGAGCGCUCGCUGCCGCAGUUCGCCGCCGUCGCCGACGCCGCGGGGCUCGCGGUCUCGGCCGUCUUCCGCGACGACGCGACGCCCCAUGCUGUUGUCGAGCUCGCGCUCAAGGGGGUUGUGGAGGGCGCUGAAUGCUGAGGGUCGGAGGGCGUCUGCGGAUCGGGCCGCUUC